UCAUCGCUCGGUCGGCUAUUCGGAAACGUGGAAUUCGCCGCCGCCGCCUUCCAUUUGAAAGUUGAUCAUCGAUGGAUCACUUCGAUUUGAGUAUUGCUAAUCGAACGUGCGAAUAUGCCGAAAACCGCGCCAGAUUAUUCAAAUAGAGGCGCAGCCUUAAGGACGAGUUGUCCACAUGCAACGUUUUUCGAACGCGCUUCUCCUUCACACUCUCAUCAUCUAAUUUAAGUGAAUUUAAUAGACCACUUGACUAGUCCAAUAAAAAUCAAAAAUAAAAAACAAGAUUUCAGUAAUUCUAUUAGCGUGCUUCUCAAUGUGCAGAUGAACUGGACCGAAAGAUGAAGCAACCUACUCUACUCUGUGCGCAGUGAUUUCGAAAUACAUAUUAAUUGGAGCAAUAAAUUAAAACGUUCGUUUAAGAGUACCGCAGUUAAUAUCCUAUAUAAUUAACUAGUUGAAACAUUCAAUGAAGAGUAAUUAAAGGAAAUAUAUAUCUUUUGUUAAGUUUUGAAAGUAUAUUUCUAAUGGAAAAUAAAACACGUGCACGAGGUUUGCGCGGAUUAAUCAAUUAAUGGAAUGUACAAUUAUUGAUUAACUUGAAGGAAAAUCCUUGUUCAUUUAUUGAAUACAACAGUUGUGAUAAUUAAUGUAGUGCUUUUUAGAGCGAAGUGUGUUAAUUAUAUCGAAUUUUGUUAUGCGCCGAUAGUGUAUUGACGAUAAGGAACUUUCAAUGGACGAAAAAUGUAUCAGGACCUCAACGAAUUUUGGAUACGCAGCUUUCGGCAGGACUUGUGGUUGGAUAAUGUUGAUGGGAUGAGUAGAGAGUUAUUGCAAGAAGGUGAUAAAUAUCAAUUGAAAAUGGAUGAGAUAGCGGUGAUCAAGAGCCGAGCGGAGAAGCACCGGCAGUAUUAUAGAAAUCUUUGCGGCGGUGCGGUAAAUUCUCCGGAGAUGGCGCCACCGGUGAUGGCAGAGGGAAAGGUGAAGUUUGAAAAUCUUCAGCCCUUAGAGAAUAAAGUGAGACAACGUCGCACAGGGGUAUACGAGUUGAGCUCUUCGGGGUCCGCGUGCGAUUGUUCCAUGUUCAAGAGCGUUAAGCAGUUACGUGAGAAAUAUCAGGAGAUGCUAGAGGAAACCAGCAAGCAGUUGGAAACGAAAACAGGGGAUCAGUUGACGAGAUCGAACAGCAUGGAGGGUUUUUUGGUUCCUCCGACCAGUGGCUAUUGUUCCUCAGGCACCAGCGAUGAUGAACGUGAUAGAACUUGGCGGCACAACCAAGUGCAGAGAUGCGGAAGCUCCGACUCUGCCGUUGGGCAAAGCGAUGACGAGACGCAGACAAAUAACCAGUGGUACGAACAGAAAGAAGUAUACAAUUAUCCGGAGAGCCCUUACAGCCCUCGAGGAUCCGUCGACCAUACAAACGUUCCUUCGAAAACGAUAAUCGAGGCACAGUGCGUGCCCUAUCCGGUGGACAGGAAGCUAAGUGAUUGUAUUAGUGAUAGCGGCGACGGAGAUAACAGCCGCAGACAAAGCUGUUACACUGACGAUGGUGAGGAACAACCGUGCUAUCGUUAUUGGAGAACACCAAGUGUUGUAGUCAGUGAUUAUUCAGAUGACAUUAUGGGAUUGACGUUGGAAGACAUCGAGUAUUUCCGAAACCGGAGGAAGGAUUGUUCUUCGCCGGACUCCAGUUUACAUAGUUCCUGCAGCAAUUUGAACUAUUGCGGCUCAACAAUUAGCUGCUUGGACACCGAUUACACAAGGCAUCCGUAUCGUAAGCAGUCUAAUUGUUCCACGUGCUCCACACUCAGCGGCGAUGAAGACACGGACAUCAUCCAAGCUUCUAACAAAAAGCCUUCGGGAUGGCGCAAGCUGCGGAACAUAGUUCAAUGGACUCCGUUCUUUCAAACCUACAAGAAGCAACGGUAUCCGUGGGUGCAACUAGCUGGUCAUCAAGGAAACUUCAAGGCAGGUCCUGAUCAGGGUACAAUUCUCAAGAAGCUUUGCGAGAAAGAAGAAAAAUGUUUUAAAGUAUUAAUGCAAGACGUUCUAAGACCGUACGUUCCUGAGUACAAAGGUCUCGUGACUAGCGACGACGGCGAAUGUUCCUACCUGCAAUUACAAGAUCUCUUGGGCGAUUUUCAAUCCCCUUGCGUGAUGGAUUGCAAAAUAGGCGUGAGAACAUAUUUGGAAGAGGAGUUGGCCAAAGCCAAGGAGAAGCCCAAAUUGAGAAAAGAUAUGUAUGAGAAAAUGUGUCAAAUUGACGACACAGCGCCAACAGAAGAAGAACACAGACUUAAGGGUGUGACUAAGCCUCGCUACAUGGUUUGGAGGGAGACGAUUUCGUCGACGGAGACUCUUGGCUUCAGAAUAGAAGGUAUAAGGAGGUCGGACGGGACAUCUAGUAAAGAUUUUAAGACGACGAAAACUAAAGAUCACGUUAUGAAGGCGUUCCUAGACUUCACUAAAGGUUUUCCGCAUGCCAUACCUAAGUACAUUCAGCGUUUGAAAGCGAUUAAAGCAACUUUGGAGGCAUCCCAGUUUUUCAAGAGCCACGAGGUGAUUGGAAGUUCUUUACUGUUUGUGCAUGAUCGCUCCAACGCAAACGUAUGGUUGAUAGAUUUUGCAAAAACAAUUAUACUACCUGACAACGUGGACAUCGAUCACAAAUCAAAAUGGAAGGUUGGAAAUCACGAAGACGGUUAUUUAAUAGGAGUUGACAACAUAAUUUCUAUUUUCGUUACGAUCAUGGAACUGCAGCCCACAGCGAUCACUCCACCACUCAUCCAUCCAUCACAAUCGGACGAUGAGAACGACGUCUAAAUCUUCUCAUUCAACACUCAGUUGCCUUGCGUGCUGCAAAAUUUUGUACAUAUCCACCACAAAUGCCAUUUUAUUUAUUUUAUUUUGUAUUUGUUAAUUUUAAUUUAACUCGCAAUUUCUUAACGAUACGAACGUGUAUUUUCGUCUCGGAAAGUAUGAAAUCUUAAAUUAAUUGUCUUAUACUAAGAUAACAAACAGAUUCGAAUGAAUAUUUGAUAAUUUAUUGUUUCAUUUUAUGUUGUUCUCUUUUGCGCA